AUGGCCGACUCCAGCACCGCAUCAACUCCAAUCACACCUGGCUUCCCGGUAUCUCCUGGAUUGGAUGUACCUCACCCCCCUUCCGUAGGCGGUAUCUCCUCGCGCAUGACGGAUAUUGCUUCUGAAGAUGGAGAUCGAUCUAUGUCAUCGCGCGCGGCGACAUCGGCCCAGCCACCGCAGUCUCGACGAGGCCCCCCACCACUAGCAGCGCGAUUAUCAACAGGGAAUUCGAACCCGCUUCGUCCGGGCAGCUCGUCCAGCCGAAUGAGCCGGAUUAGCAGAACUCAUGUUCCUUCUUUCACUCCUCAAGCGUUCUUUCGGCCUAUGAGCUCUCAAAGAUUACAGGCAUAUCGUCGUCCAAGUCAGGUACCCCCCGAGGCAUAUAUAGAGACGACAGAAACUGUUGAGGAUGAGAACGGCCUGAAUAGAAGAAGUUUGAUAUCGAAUAGCACGGUGCAUCUUGGCGCUUACGCAAACGAUUUGGAAGUUCCUCCUUCUCGUGGCACGGAAUUCACCGACCCUAUCAUUUCUGACCGGAAUACCUCCAACGCCAGCCCGACGGGAAAUACAACUAUCAGGAGUCUUGGGGAAAGCGUCAAAUUACUCCAUGAGCGAGAGAAAAAGUCUGCACCGGAGCGACUCAAUAUAAAUAGGACCUUCCAAACGGGGUCUCUGCACGAUCCUGCGCAGAAAUCGCCACUAUCAUUUCGAUCCGGCAUUUUGCCCAUUCAUAACAAAAACGAGGAUCCUCAGCGUCCAGCCAGUAGAGGUCACGAGAGACUAUCAUCGGUGACAUCUUCCUCUCCACGUUCCAUGAAGGAUCACAAAGCUCCAGCACCGCCCGCAAAUCUCGGCAAGAAUUAUGAAUAUUUCACUGGCAAUACAGUUUUCUGGGGUAGUGGCAGGUUUCAGAACUCCCGUGACAAGCCAGUCAACAUUGCAACAGGAAUAUUGAUUGUUCUUCCUGUUACAUUGUUUCUUGCAUAUUCAGCUCCCUGGCUAUGGCACAAUGUGUCGCCGGCAAUUCCCAUUAUAUUCGGCUAUAUCUUCUACGUUUGCUUCUCAUCUUUUGUACACGCCUCCGUCGUCGACCCUGGGAUCAUUCCGAGAAACUUGCAUCCAUUGCCCACGACUGAUCCAUCCUCUGAUCCGCUGGCAUUAGGCCCGCCAACAACUGACUGGGUAAUGACCAAAUUGGCUACAUCUGAAGUCGAUGCCAUGGUAGUCCCAGUCAAAUACUGCAAAACCUGCAAUAUAUGGCGCCCGCCACGAUGCUAUCACUGCCGAGUGUGUGACAACUGUGUUGAGACCCUUGAUCACCACUGCGUGUGGCUCAAUAACUGUGUUGGCCGUCGUAAUUAUCGGUAUUUCUUUGGUUUCGUCAGCUCUGCCACAAUUCUCGCCUUGUUUCUCCUCGGAGCUUCAUUGGCACAUGUGCUUCUCUACCAACAGCGUCAACACAUCUCCUUUGGCGAGUCAAUCAGCAAAUGGCGAGUUCCAUUCGCAAUGGUAAUCUAUGGUGCCCUUGCGUUCCCAUACCCUGCAGCACUCUGGUUCUAUCACCUCUGGCUCGUGGCUCGUGGCGAAACCACACGAGAAUAUCUUAACUCUCAUAAAUUUGCAAAAGCAGACCGUCUGCGACCUUUUACGCAGGGAAAUGUACUGCGCAACUGGAUUGCAGUACUCACCAGGCCACGACCACCAACAUAUCUCCAGUUCAAGAAACCAUAUCAGCAAGGUGAUCAGCGCUUUGCAACGCAAAAGCGCAAGUAUCUGACUGCUAAAGAUGUUGAAGCGCAAGCUGGACUGGAGAUGCAAGCUGUGGUUGGACGAAACGCGAAUACUGGCUCUUCAUAUCAACCUGACAUGCGGGAGAGCAAUAGCAGAUCUUGA